UUCUUUUUUCUUAUAGAAUUGUUAAUAAUUGGAUCUCAUAAGGUUAAUGAUGAGCUGCAGCUUGGAAAGCGCUUUCGGAAUACAUGCUUCUCCCUGAAGACUAGGCUGGAGAGGCAUCUGAGAGAAAACUCCGAAAGUGGCUCUUUGCUGAUAAUGCAGAACAAUGAAAGGGAACCUCUGACGACUGGCCAGUCUGUGUAAGAUGCAGCGUGUUCCUGCUGCAGCUGGCGACUCACCUUCGCUGCAAUCGUUUGUCCUUUUGCUGCGUUGGCCCCUGUAGGAUUUUGGUACAUUUUAUGUUGUUUUUGCUCAAGAAGCCAAGCUCAGCAGAUUUCUUUUAUUCACCUAGCAUUGUUUCAAAGCUUCCCUGCUAUUUGGGGAUUCUGAUUUCAGUUGAACAAGUGCAAGUGCAGCACAAGGCUCAGAGUCCCUAUAUAUAGAAGUGUCCCUAAAACUGGAGAAGCCCUUGAGCUAUCUCAGGGUUUGCUACAUUUUUUGCCCUCCAAACUAAGAAAGGUAAGUGAGGAGUAAAGGAGAAUCCAUUCUUCCCACGGAAGAACAGAUGUCCCACCAGUGGUCUGGUGUUCUGACCUGUGCCCGAGGAGAUGACUGAAGAUCAUGUGGCUAGCUCUGCAGGGGGAAUUAAUCUUUGACUUGUUUUAGGAGUGAUUAUUAUGUCAAAGAACCUACUACAGAUGAAAAAGAGCAUUGUCCUUUAAAAAUAACCACAUCACGGAAAAUCCUGUUAUACUCAAAGACUGACCACACUGAGGACUUUUCCCAGCUGGAUAUCUAGAUUAAGUGCUUGGUCGUGGAAUCCAAACUAAACACAAGUUGGGACCACAUGACAUCUUGACCUCUGCUCUCCAUCUUGUUCUAAUCUUUCUGACCCAUCACUUUCUUUUUUUUUUUUGUACCACUUUGGAAUUCCACUCUUGUCUUUCCAAACUAACAUCUCUGUCUGUAUGCUCUCCCUUUGAGUAUUCGUUAACUUCUUCCAUCUGUUUUUAAGAAGAACAUGUCAACACAUCGCUCAAUCUGGAUGUUCUCUCACUUCCAAGAAGACUGAUAAUGUUGUUCUCCUAAGUCGGGAUAAAAAAUGUGUUCCUUGCAUUAGAAGUAUAUCAGAAUCAAAUAUCAAUAUCUUUGGUGUCAUGAACAAGGCUUUGACCUAGUUUUAAUAGUAUCACCUUUGUGUAGUAGCUUUGGAUAAUGGUACGGUUUUGUUUUUAUCCAAUUUACAUCUCUAUUUGUUGGUGGCCUCAUCUUUGGAUGUGAGCUUGCAGAACCAAUCUAUUAAAUGUUUUUGAUAUGUACCUAAGGAAACUAUUUUGCCAUUAAAAUAGUUUUGUGGCAAUUUCCAAGGAUAUCUUAUGAGAUGUUUCCUAAAAGUGCUUGCCUACAAUACUGAGAUAAAAUUUAUUGACUUGGCCUCGUCCUUUUAAUGGUUGCUGUACAGGAAAGUGUUCAGUUAAUGCCAUGUAUUUUCUACCUUGCUCUGGGCACAUAUUAAGAGUUAUACCUUUCGGCUCAGAAGCUCAGUAAAGAGCUAGGAUAUCUUCUAUAUGACUUCCUGGUGGCAUUAAUCUGAACAUCCCCUACCGGGAAAAACAAUCCAGUCCAUUUUAAAUGGAUAUUAAUAGACUACUUUAUCAGUAUUUGAGUAUAUGGGUUAAAAUCAGUGCUUAAUAUUUCCGACUUUGUUCGUGCUUUACAGAAAUUUGGCAGCACCUUGCUGAUUAUGGAUUAUAGAUUAUUAUUAUGUAGCCAUUUUAGCCAUAUACAUGCUGUGCGAUUUCCAAAGAUUUUUACACAUGUAACAAAGUCACACUGAGUCAGGACACAAAGGUGGUAAAGACCAGCCUGCUUGUUAUUAAAGGUCAUCAAUGAUUUAUGGAUUGUUAACAAAUGUUAAAUUCAUCUGCUAUUUGAAUUCAGAUUUUCUUUCUUUAUUAAUACCUAGGGCUUUCAUAAUUACUCUAAAAUUGUACCACUUAUAAUGGCAAUUGCUCCUUUCAGCCCUAUUUACCUAAAGAUACAGUGUAUGUGCAUGAAAUGUAUAAAUCCCUUUUGAUUUAUUAGCAUUUUUUUUUAAUUUACAAAAACAAAUUUUCAAGAGUGCCUGGUCAUUUCUGCCAUUUAAGUUGAAGAUUUUAGUUGGGGUAGACAGUUUAAUGUAGAAUUCUUCAGCCUAUCUAACCUAGAACACAAUAGGUCUCUGGGGCUUAUCUGCUCCAAUUAUCAACCCUACAAAGGCUGAACAUUAGACUCCAACAAGGUUUUUUUUAACAUAUUUGCUAUAUGCUAUGUGGUUUUUAAAAUCACUACAGGUCAAGCCUUAUUUUCUUUCUCAAUUCUUGAAUGGUUAUCCAGUUAUGACAAUUGAUAAUAAAGUACUAAUGGUACUGGCUGAAAAAAUCCUUGUGACAUUUGCAAUGACAUUUUACAAGGGCUGUUUUCAAAUUAAGAGAUUAUAGGUAAUCUGAGAAUUUUAUUGCUGUAAGGAUCAUCUAUUAUUAUUACCUGUUCCUAUGUAUUGGCAGUUAUCCUAAACAUUGUAUAUUUGAUUUAUGGCUUGUCAGAAGAAAUGCCAUUCUUAUGACCUCCGGUAAUUAAGACCCCAGCUGUAAAAGUUAUGGUUGGUACACAGUGAUGAUACAUAGCAACAUGUGGUCUCUGCUGGGGCUAGGCCAUUUAGAUGUUCAGCAUGGUAAUACCAUGAUGCUGUGAACCCCUUAAAGUCUUUGUGGUAGCUUAUUUGAAUUAAUACCUCCACUUUGCUAUUUUACAAAUAUUUUGUAUUCCUGCGUAUGCUUUUAUUUGAAACUUGUCAGAAGCAACAUAAAAGGAAGCCCAAGGGUAUGUGGAGACCGAAUAUGUAAUUAGCGUGGGCUUCCUACUGCCAAGCGGGGGUUGCUGCAAAACUAGUGAAGGAGAUCAAAGCCAGUAAUGAUUUGAAUUUGAUCGUACUAAAUACAAUGAUGUUAGUUUUCAUCUCCUUACUGUAACCUAAAUAUAUCCUAUUUUCAAAUAUGUAUAAUUUAUUUUCUUCUUCUGCUUGAAGCAUAAAGCUUGGUGCAACAGGAAAGACUUGAUAAUUUAGCGUUCAAGCUCUUACUUUGUGUUCUCUGAAAAUUUAGUUCUGUUGUAUUACUAUAUUUAAAACUUGGGAGCAUAUAGCCUUGUAGAGUUUGGAAGCCAUUCCGAUUGCCAGCGCUCAUUUUUCCAGGACAAAUCUGUUCUUCUACUAACAUUACCUGUCUAAAAAGGAGUUUGUUGCCUACUAUAAUUUCUUUGGAACAUUGGUGUCCCCAACGCCUUGGAUUAGUCCAGACAUGCUUUGAAAAAUAAAUUUUUCUGUAGAACUAUAGUUAUUGUAAAGAUCCAUACUAAUCCAUACUAAUGUGAAUAACAAAUUAAUGGAGUGAACCCUUUUGAAGUGCAAGACAGUACAAUCUAGGCACCAAUAUAUAUUAACUUUGAAGACCCUAAGAAGCAAAUGCUUAUAUUCACAACAGUAGACUUUUUAGCACAUUUGGUACCUGCAACUUGUUUUUUUUUUUAUUACAUUAUGAUCAAAGCUAUUGUAUAACCAACAAGUCAAGCUUGCUGACAACUGGAUUAUUAGAGCACAUAUAGGGGUACUAAAGACUUUAGUAUACUAGACAGAACUCGUACAGAAUGCAUACUUCUAGUAGUGACGACCCCAGCUACAGUCAAAGCUCCCCACCUCGGGGGCGUAAGUCACGAUGGAAAGGAGUAUACCGAGGACGUUGGGGGGUUGCGGACAGCUGUUCAUUCAGCGGGGUGCAACAUAAUCCUGAAGAGCCACAAACAGUUGAAGCCAAAAAGGAGAACAGAGUUAUUGUCCUAUAUCUGGAUCUCUCUUUUCUUUUACUUCUAGAACUCAAGAAGAUGAGUAUGACACGCGGCUGCCUACUGUGCAUCAAAAUUACCAUGUUCAUCUUCAACCUAAUCUUCUGGCUUGGAGGAUGUGGCAUUCUUGGAGUUGGGGUUUGGCUGGCGGUUACUCAGGGGAAGUUUGCGACCCUCUCCAUUUCUUUCCCCUCGCUAUCUGCUGCCAGCCUCUUCAUGGUGACCGGGUCUGUGAUAAUGGUGGUUGGCUUCAUUGGCUGCUUGGGUGCAGUGACAGAACACCGCUGCCUCCUUUUAACGUUCUUUGUAGUGCUGUUGAUCAUCUUUCUUCUUGAAAUAAUCAGUAUGGUCCUGUUUUUCGCCUACAAUGACAAUUUUCACAGUUAUGCCCAAGAAGAUCUAAAGAAAGGUCUAGCACUGUAUCAAACAAAAGAUAAUCUAGGACUAACGAACGCUUGGGACAUUGUGCAGACUGAGUUCCGUUGCUGUGGAGUGAAGAAUUACACUGACUGGCUGGAAAUGAGGAAUAGCACUAUUGUGCCUCACUCUUGUUGUACAGAGCACAGUGCAUCCUGCCAAAGCAACCCCAGCACUUGGUGGACAGAGCCGUGCUACCAGAAAGUGAAGAAGUGGGUUGAGAGUAAUAUUUCCUCGGUGGGGAUCUUUGGCAUCUGCAUUCUUGUUGUACAGGUGUUCGGUCUGAUCUUCUCCAUGCUGAUGUACUGCCAAGUCCUCAAGGCAGAAAAGUAUUAUGAGUAAUCCCAGAUGUUUGCAAGAUCUUAAGAUGAUCCAGAGGCUGAUGUUCCACAUCUCUGUUCAGCUGGAUCAAAGACUGUUUCUUCAUGCUUCUCGGGCCAUGCAAGGCUGUUCUCGGCUGCACUUCUCUGUAUAGGGACCCGUGUCCGUUUCUGUUCAUCUUACCUGCUGACUGAACCAUUAGCGUGAAAGUAUUUCCUGUAUAAGAAGAUUUAUAUUGCUGACUGUAUCAGCAGCUUUUGUAAGGCAGCUUCCAUAUCUAUACAAAGCCUUUUGAUUCUGCUCACCAAUGAAGAAUAAGAACAGUCUUCUUCGUUCUUUUUUUUAAGCACCAAAGCCAUUUAAUGAAGUUUGGCCAGAUGGAACCAUUGCAAUCUCAGACAUCCUAGAAUGAUAUGCAUAGCUCUGCCAAGCACAUGCCUCACGAGGUUUGUUAGACAAAGCACAAUGCUUCCAAUCUGAGAUACGGAAAACAACAACAUGAGCAUUAACAACAAUUCAAUUUGCACUCUAGUGAAAAGUGAACGUUCUGCAUUAAGAGUUAAUCGGGGCACAGUCUAGGUUUCUGUCAUUUUCUUAUGGCUUUAAUCUUACGCAUAUGGUUGCCCCCCAAACAUAGUCAUUAUCAUUGCCAAUAUCGUCAUCUUCUAAAUGAUGCUAAAUCUGAACCUGCAAAAAAAAGUAGAAGCAGGACUUCCAUGGUUUCAGCACCACCCUCUCUCUGAGCUCAACCCAACCUCAACCAAGCACACACUGGUUACAAAGAAUCAAGAAACAUGCAGUCCUACCCUGAACACAUGGAAAAAAUGCCAAACAAGACUACAUUGGAUUAUAGAAUACCAAUCAAUCCAUGGCGUGGAAUUUGAGCUGCAAUGCUUUCUGGAUGCCAGAAUGUACUCAUGUAUUUUACUUGUUGCCACAGCCCCAAGUCAAGGGUCAACUCUAUGAAGGACAUAAGGUUUUGUCACUGUUCCACCAAGAAUAAUACACACUUUUGCAAUCAGAUUGCAAUAUUAUCAAGACUGUGUGCUCAAAACAUGAUUUUGCCAAUCUGUGAUGGAAAUCGGCCUAGUGAUCACUUAUCAGUUGCCACAUAAGAGCUUCUACGUAAAUUCAUCUUUAUUUUUUCAUGCAUUAUAGCCAUUCAGUAUUAGAAUGUUCUUAACACAGAUGUAAAAUGCAUUUAUUCAAGUUUUUAUAACCCAUCAAUACACAUUUGUACUUCAUUUAACCUAUAUCUUUGCCAGAGGAUGAUCUUGGUAAAGGUUUAACAAAAGUAUUGGAUCUGCAGUAGUGUGGACAUAUUGACUCCUGUAAUCUGAUGGAGAAAUCAACGGAUUAUGAGAACUUGAGCUUAAGCUGAACUGUUCGCUGAUAAUAUUUCAAGUUCCUUUUGUACUUUAGUUGCAUUUUCUAUGUAUAUAAGGUGCCAAUCUGCAAAGAGUAACUCCCUCUAGAAAUGUGGUGGGGCAAUAUUUGAUUUCAGCUUGGUUUUUACUACUGUUUGAUUCUGUGUCAUGGGCGUUUUCUGCCACCACUAACAUGACUUUGACAGUUUGAGUGCUAUGCUUUUUCAGAUGUCAUUGGCCUAUGAUUCUAUAAAGAAUCGACUACAUUAGCUUUUCUCAACCUUUUUCCCUUAGAGGACCUCUUGAAAUACUUUUUAAGUCUCUGGGAACUCCUGUUAAACCGAUUAAUUGGGGGUCAAUGGGAAAAACACCCCUUACAUUGGUGGCCAGGGGAAAGAAUGUAUACAGUGGUCGUUAGAAGGCCACCCUUAUAGACAGCUAAAAAGAUCAUUGGCUUACUGUAGCUGGCUUCAACAAGUUGUGUUGGCUUCAGAACUGAAUCAGCUACAAUUCAAGGAACCUCUAGCAACCUCUGAAGGAACCCUAGGGUUCGACAGAACCCUGGUUGAGAAUGGCUGCACUAGAAGAUUCAUGAUAUGUGUAUGUAUGCUACACGUGGCUUAGUAGUCAUGUAAUCUGUUAACCUAUCACAGCCAUAUUAUUGGUGACAAGAGGCCUUCUCACUAGGGCAUUGUACAGCAUCAAAUACCCAACCAUGGUUCAAACUUUGCAUUCACCAAAAAAACGAAGAAAUCUGUAUGGGGGAGUCCAGCUUUAAUCCAGUUAUGUGCCUAUAUAGUAUUAGUGUUGCCCUGGGUUAUACGUUGAAUGUUUUUAAAAUGCAUACUUUUAUAUUGUCAUGCGUGUAUAAUAAAAAAAGGUGUAUUGUAAAGAUGGCGGCCUCAUUGGAAGCCCCCUGGCAGUGUAGAGCAAAAUAUAAGGGCAUUAGCAUGCUUCUUCAGUUAUUUCUAUAUGAUAUUCUGUAUUAGGUUUACCUUGCUUUAAGGAGAGUUAAGAUCUUUUAAAGUGUAUAUUUUAUUUUUGAUUUUAUUGACAGAAGUGUAAAUUUCAAGGGGUAAUUCUCUUUCAAUUUACAGUAGUUUAGUACUGCAAUGGGCAUUCUCAUCUAUUGGAACCCCCUGUUGUUCUGCCAAUUAAGAGUUGGAAUUUGUAUGAUGCCUAAAGUAUAAAUCUAUGUAGAGAUUAUUUGAGGGCAGGCAUCAAUAUAAUACAUUUCUGGAAAAUAUAUGUAAUACUUAUUGAUUUUCUUUUAUGCUCAUUCCGGCUCUUGGCGUAUCCACUCUGGCCUGUAGAAACCAUCCACAUUUUGCUUGCUCCUAUGGGAAAACCAUGGAAUUCUGUGUCAGUGUGAAAGUAACUCUGACAAAUGAAGGUGAAGAAACAAUAAUCUGUUUCUUGCUAGGCAUACUGGACACAUCAAAAGCUCAUGCAGUAAUAAAAAUAAUAGGAAAUACACCAGCCAAAAUUUCAACCAAGUAGUUUACAAGUCCUUUCCUUCCUUCUGACCCUUGUCUCCUGGCAAAGGUGAGGGGAUAAAAAUAGGUUGAUAGCACACCUUAAUCUUCUGCAAUAAAAUUGUCUUAACUUUUGUCCAACAAGUCAUACAAAAAAGUACACCAUUGUGAAGGAACCACCAGGGGUCCCUUUAUCAGGCAAAGUGGCAUGUCACUUCGCCUAGUGAAGGGACUCCUGGCGGUUCCAAAACUCACUUUUUUUAUAUGACAUGCGGAACAAUGAUCAAUAAAAUAAAUUUGAUUGCAGAAGAUUAAGAUGGGCUGCCAACAUAUUGUUAUUGUCAGUGCCGUGGCACCAUCCACUAGUUGUGGUAGUAGUUGGUCCGAGCAACCCACACCUGAAAAUGAAUCUCGGUUUUGUGUGCAAUUGAGAAAUCUUGAAAAAAGGUUCCAACCAUUCCCUACCUAAAACAAAAUGAGUUGGGCUAAAUAUUAUUUCAAGAAAGGUAUAAUUACGCUUUAGCAAAGACCGUAGGCCUUUAUCGAAAGUUGAAGUAAGUUUACCCUGAUUGUCUAUCCUUAAUAAUUAAAACCAAAGCUACGUUUUAAGCUUUAACCUUAAAAUGUUAUUGAUGUAACCUGUGAAGGAAGCAUAUUAGCCAUAUUGCACAGACAACAAGUCCCAUUACCACUUUAUUAUUCAUCAAAGUGUAGUUUACAUUUAGCUUAUGCUACCUACAGAUCUCUAAUAUAACUUUCAGAUGAAUAAUUUGUUCUACAAACAUUUGAAUGUGCAUGUUUGUGCCUAUGGAGGAGAGAGGUGGAGUACUCUACGGACAACCCUGACGCUGGCCUUUCUCAAGUGAAAUCAACAGCCAUUGGUUGGAAAAUGUAAACUUAUGUAACCCUAAGAAGGCACAGUUAAGGAAGGUCAGGGGUUGCAUACAGACAAUUCUGACCAUAUUGGAUGAAGCCGAUCUUAUGUCUGUAUGAACUUUCAGGGCUUGUGUACUUAGCAUUUGUGUCAAAACUGCUUUUCUCUCAAAGGUCAAAAGGGAUGUAAAAGCAACUUAGGAGGUGGUCACAAGCCCUUAAAACCGCCCAUGAGACUCUUCUAUAAUACCAAAGGUCUUUGUUGUCCAUAGCUAUCAAUUAGAAUCACUCUGUAGUUUUUCUGGAGCUGGAUAAAAAUGAAAGAUGUCAACUGAUUUGUUGCUGUGAGCAGCUGCCCUUUUAUACCUUUGCUCCAGAUUUCAUGUAUUAGCCCCUGUGUAUUAGCAGGUGCAACCUGCUUACAUACUAUAUACCACACAUCAUGUAUUUUGUAUUUUUUGGUUCUGAUUCGAAGAUAGCUUGGAGUGUAAAUAUUAGUGGUAUCAGAGCACAACAUAUGUGAAAUACUUGUGUAAUAUGCCAAUAAAAUCUCUAUCGUAAAAUUUA